CCUCUGGUAGUAACCGGAAGUGAAGCCUUUUAUUCUUUGGCUAACUUAGCACUUGUGCUACUUCCGCUCUCACGGGCUCGUUGUUCGGUCGCUUCGUCGCGGAAUCGGACGCGCGUCGAUAUUUUUUUAAACGGCAGAAACAUUUUAAACUUUAUGUUCAGUAAAGAAUCGUUUCCGCUUCGAUAAGAACGCGCAUCGCCCGCCUAGCUAGCCGUUAGCUCGUGACGCCGUUAGCCCGGAGCAGGAGUCCCUUCGCCUGGUGCAUGUUGUCUCCACUCCACGGACAUGUUGGACGGAUCUCCGGCGCACUGCGAUGAGACAAACAUCGGAAACGUGGAGAACAACAACCCGGUGAGGUUGAUCUCCGGCUGCGAUGGGAUGAACGCGGGGAACCGAGCGAGGCAGGCGCUGCUGAAGAAGGGAGGGAGGAGGCUGCACCAGCCGCAGAAGCAGCCGAGGAACAGCCCGAGCAUCCUCCUGUCGGACCGCAACAACAACAACACCCUGACGGCCUCCGCCGCCAACAGAGCCGCGGCUCAGCCCGAGUCCCCGGCGCCGAGCCUGCAUCAGCUGAGACAGGGGGCCAGGAAAGAGCUGCUGAAAUCCAAAGGUGGUCGAGUGGAGCGAGGGGCCGUUCAGCUCGGGGGUCAAUCUGCCCGCAACCUUCCCCGACACGAUCAAGUGAACCAAAAUGUGAACACCCGGAGCCACAAGCCCAAGCAGGACCAAACACCCGGCGCUUCUCAUGCCACAAAGAAGAGAGAUCCCAGCACUCCCAACAAGCCAUCCUCUCUUCUCCCGCCUCCAUCGCAAGAGCAGAAGAAACCUCUCCACUCCUCCAACAACGUGAAGAUCGUGAGCGCACUCCUCGCUGAACCUUCCCCCGAAUACCUCAAAGAUGGCGAGAAGGUCUACGCUGGAGCGAAGUUCAGCGAGCCGCCCUCGCCCAGUGUCUUACCCAAACCACCCAGUCACUGGUUCGGAGACAAUGAGCCUCAACACAGCAACCAAAGCCGAGAACAGAUGACUGUUCAAUUAAAGUCGCUGCUCAAGGUUCAAGAUUCGCCAUGACCACGGUCUGGAUUUUUAAAUUGGAGCAUGUCCGAUACCUGAUUAACAACGAGCGCCAACAAUUGGAAAAAAUAUAAUCCAGUAAAAAGAAUUUGGCCUUUAACACACUGCAAUACAACUUAGGGAGUUUUUAUCAACCUUAAUACAAUUUCCCAUCAGCCAACACGCUGCCUGCAUUUGUGAACAUUUUGAAAAAGUGCCGCUGCUUGAGAUUGGACAUGCUGCGUAUGUCGGGGGUUUUUGCGGAGGAAAGAGAAAGUAUCGUGUUUUCGAGCAGAUGUAAAAAAGCAGAACUAGUUUGAGGUCGACUCCAGCAGCAGCACGAUCAGCGCGUGAUGCAAGAUGAUGAUGGCACUUUCUUUAUGAACACUUUGGAUGAGGCAGCCUUGUCUUGAUUGAUUGAUGUUUUAAAGAGCUUGUGUAAAUGUACAUAAUAUAUUUGUGUAUAUUUUUCCUUGUUAUUUUAAUUGAGAUUCUAGUUUUGUUACUGAGGGGGGGGGGUUUAAAAAAAAAAAGAAGAAGCGUUCCCUGCACACCGAGGCACUUUGUGACGGCUCCGUCAGUGUGAGGCACAGUGGACGUAAGAAAGACUUUUCUUACUGAUUUGCACUGUAAAAACAGAACAUAGGGAAAACCAAGGGAGUUUGAUGUUCCACAACUCGACCAGCCACUUCGAUGAAUUCACCAGCCAGCGAAGAGCACAGGAGAGGACUUCCAGCUUCUGGUUGAUUUCUUUUUAAAAUGGCACAGAUAGUGGAUCAAUCAAAAAGAAGCCACCGUCUUAAUUUAACCAGCUGGUGGCUGAAGUUCUUCCCUUUCCCUGAACUGAACACGAGUCCAGCUGCUGGAGACGCCUUACGUCAAAUCAGGGACUGUGAAUCUGACGAGGCUGCGGAAGCCUGAGGGAACCGAAGAACCGCCCGCUGCAGAAAGUCCGGAUCAAGCAACAAGAACGAUUGUUUGUUUUUUUCCCUUAACUUUAAUGCACUGAUCUAGAGUACGUCCACAUCGAUCCAGAUAAAUCGAAAACAUUUUUUUCUGCGUGUCCACGUGAAUCCAGAGUUUUUAUACCUUACAGAACAAGUUUUAGUCGGUGAAUCAUGAAAGGCUAAUGUGACAGUAUAUCAGCAGUAAAUCAGUUACUAAUUGGCGCUGAAAUGAUUUGUCCGUUAAAAGAAAAGAUAUUAUGCAACUGCUUUAACGGAGACAUGUUGUUCUACAUUAGGAUGAUGAGGAAGGAUUGCCUGGACUGUUGAUCAGGUUUUUCUUGGUUUUCCUUUUACCACAGACUUUGGGAUUUUUCUAUCUUUGCAGAAAACACAGAAAACAAUACAAGAGGAUAAAAACACUGAAAAAGCAUCAUAUGUCUGCUUUGAUAAUUCAUUGUUGUCAGAGCCAUUGUCCAAGCGAAACGUGUUUGGAUUUACUGCUUUCAUAUAAUCCAAACUGAAAUCUGGAAGAUUUGAGAGAUCGAUAAUGAAAAUAUAGGAACAAAAAAUUGCCUAAAACUGAUUUGAUGAGCUUACGAUCAUGAAAAGAGGUUUUGUCUCGCUCCAGUUUGUCGAAUGAAAAGACAAAGACAAGUGCUCAGGUGUUUAUUGUGGAUGGAGAACUUUAUGAAAAUGAUAAGAGAACACAACAAUGCUGCAUUUUUAUAUGCAAACUGUUUUAACGAUUUCACGGCUUCAUGUGGACGUACUUACUUUGUCUGUACGUGUUUUUUUAACAGGGGAAUUGUUUUCACAAACUUCAUCUCAUGUUCAUUUCCAUUGCCUUGAGAUACAUUCAUGUUUACCAGGAGAGCGGCGUGUGUUGAAUUUGUCACACGAUCCUCCAGCGGUGUACUGUGUGUAUUUCUUUUUCUAACUGAAAUUGUUUCUGUGGAUGCAGGCAGCUGCUGGGUUUUUGUCUCUUGACCUCUGUGACGUCACGUAAAUGGAAAUAUUUGUAUUAAUGUUGAAAAAAAAAUCAGCCCAUUUUAUUGCAGUGUUUUAACGUUGUGUCAUUCCAGUUGUAAACAAAUAUGUUGAGCAACUCACCUCCAUUAACAUAAUUGGUAAAAAAGUUUUUAUAUCUAUUAAGAAAAAAAGGCUAUCAUUCACAUGAUAUCUAAAUUAUAUUAAAAUAUUGAU